UGGAUGAAGAGGCAAUCACAAGAACGCAUCUUGUUGAACCGAGAGAGACGGAGGUCAGGCAAGAAGAUGGAGAUGGCCACAGUAUGGGCUCAGUUAGGCACAGUCACGGCCACCGUCAUGUUCCUCUACGCCAUGUUUGAGAAGUUCUUCCCUCCUCCACUUCGCGGCCAUCUUCGAUCUUUCACCAACAAACUCACCUCCCUCGUUUCUCCCUAUGUCCACAUCACCUUCCAUGAAUUUACAGGGGAACGCCUCAAGCGCAGCGAAGCUUUCGCUGCUAUCCAAACCUAUCUCAGCGGAAACUCCUCCCAACGAGCCAACAGGCUUAAAGCCGAGGUUGUCAAAGAUAGCCAGACCCCUCUCAUGCUCAGCCUCGACGACAACGAAGAGAUCACCGACGAGUUUGAAGGGGUUAAGCUAUGGUGGGUUUCCAGCAAGAUCACUCCCAAGUCUCAGUCCUUCUCUUUCUACCCUGUUUCCGAUGACCGGAGGUUCUUUACCCUCACUUUUCACCGGCGUCAUCGGGAUCUCAUCACUAGUAAGUACCUCAGACACGUGUUGGAUGAAGGGAAGGCCAUUGCCUCCAGAAACAGGCAGCUCAGGCUCUACACCAACAAUCCGAGCAGUGGCUGGCAUGGCUACAAAAGCACCAAGUGGAGCCAUGUGGUUUUUGAGCACCCCGCAACUUUUGACACGCUGGCUUUGCAUCCCAAGAAGAAGGACGAGAUUCUCAAGGAUCUUGUUAGGUUCCAAAAAAGUAAAAACUAUUAUGCGAAGAUCGGCAAGGCCUGGAAGCGUGGGUAUUUACUCUAUGGUCCUCCGGGGACUGGUAAGUCCACGAUGAUAGCUGCCAUGGCUAAUUUCCUGAACUACGAUAUCUAUGAUGUGGAACUGACGGCAGUGAAGGACAACACGGAGCUACGGAGGUUAUUGAUCGAAACUCCCAGCAAAUCGAUUAUGGUUAUCGAAGACAUUGAUUGCUCUCUUGAUCUUACGGGGCAAAGGAAGAAGAAGCCGAAAGAAACUAAAGACAAAGAGGACGACAAACCCAAAGACCCUGUCAAGCAGGAAGAAGAAGAAGAGAAAAAGGCCAGUAAAGUGACUCUGUCUGGGCUGUUAAAUUUUAUCGACGGGAUUUGGUCUUCCUGUGGAGGAGAGAGGAUCAUCGUGUUCACCACAAAUUUCGUGGACAAACUUGAUCCUGCUCUUAUCAGGAGAGGACGCAUGGAUAAGCACAUUGAAUUGUCCUAUUGUUGCUACGAAGCAUUCAAGGUGCUUGCCAGGAAUUAUUUGGAUAUUGAAACCCACGAUUUGUUUCCCAGAAUUGAGGAAUUGUUGAAGGAGACGGAGAUGACACCCGCUGAUGUGGCUGAGAAUCUGAUGCCAAAGUCAAUGGAGGAAGAUGUGAAGAGUUGCUUGCAGAGGUUGAUUGAAGCUCUCGAAACGACAAAGCAGGAAGCCAAGAAGAAGGCAGAGGAAGAAGCCAAGAAGAUAGCUGAGGAAGAAGCCAGUGAGAAGGACAAGCCGGCAGAGCAGGAAGUGAAAGGGAUUGGGAAAUCAGGGGAAGGAGUGACGGAAAAUGGUUUCCGUUGCUCAGAAUGAAAUCUGAUUUGGUUAGCGGAAUGAGAAUCCAGUUUUUCUUUUUCUUUUUUUUUUGGGUUCAUUAAAAUCAACCCACUCAAGUAUUACUGCAGCUUGAAUCAUGUGUAACCUUCUUGAGUAAUUGAUCAAAAGGAACUAUUGUUCUUA